AUAGAAUACAGGUUUUCUUUUGCAACUUGCGCUGACAAAUACAAUUGACUAUUUGUCAGCAAUUGCACUAUUUCGGAUUGCGGAAACAACAGCAGAACCUCCAUACGUUUAAAUCUAUCCAAUCCAGUUGCUCUCUUCCCCACCAAUUCUAAAACGGGUUCCCCGCAUCCUGAAUUAUAAUACAUCAAAAAUACAAUCCUCAGUACCAGGAAAUUGGAAAGUGUAUUUUUUGCUAACACAAUGCUUAUUUCAUUUUGAUCUGUGCAACAUUGUGUAUAUGCUUUUGAGCGAUGGUGGCACCAAUUUUUUCUUCAAAGUACUUUUAUUAACAUAAAAAUAUUUUUGUAUAAAUAGGUCGCAGACAAGUCUCCCGUUCAAUAAAAUUAUAUUCUUUCAACUUUAUUAUUUUGUCCAACUAGAUAUCAUUUUUAGGUUUAAAAGAAAUAUGUCGCUUUCCAUUUCCGAUCCGCACGAUUUUUACCAGAUCCAGAACCCCGCACCGGGAACGGCGAUCGAGCCUACCGAUCUGGAGAUCGAGCAGGGAUUUGCCAACGGCAAGAACCCCAACCCACUGCCCAAGCUCUUCCAGCCACUGAAGAUCCGCGACUACACCAUCAAAAACCGCAUUUGGGUUAGCCCCAUGUGCAUGUACUCGGCGCAAGACGGAUUCAGCACCAAUUUCCACAUGACGCACUACAGUCAAUACGCCAUGCGCGGAGCCGGACUUGUCAUGGUUGAGGCCACGGGUGUGACACCAGAGGGCCGCAUCUCGCCCAACUGCCUUGGUCUGUGGAAGGACGAGCACAUCGAGGGUUUGAGCCGCAUCGUCAGCCACAUGCACGAGUACGGCGCAGUUGUCGCUAUUCAGAUUGGCCACAGUGGUCGCAAGGGAAGCACUAUUCCACUGCAGCUCUAUGGAACCCGCGAUUCUUUCCGGUCGACUAUCGAGGAGGGCGGUUGGCCAGACAAAGUAUAUGGUCCUUCGGCCAUUGCCUACGACGAGGCACACAAUGUUCCCAAGGAACUCAGCCUUGCUCAGAUCGCGGAUAUCCAGCAGGCGUUUGUUGAUGCAGCGGUACGCGCUGAUAAGGCCGGCUUUGAUGUUAUCGAGCUCCAUUCGGCGCACGGAUACUUGCUCUUCGAGUUCCUGUCGCCGCUGUCAAACCAGCGCACGGACAAGUAUGGUGGGUCGUUCGAAAACCGCACGCGCAUGCUGAUUGAGGUCACCCAGCGGGUACGCAAGGUGCUUCCGGAGGGCAAGCCCCUGUUUGUGCGUGUCUCAGCCACUGACUGGGUCGAGGGUGGCUGGGAUGCCGAGGAUACAGUUGCGCUGGCCAAGAUUCUUGUCAAGGAGGGUGUCGAUCUUCUUGAUUGCUCAAGUGCUGGCAACGAUCCGCGUCAGAAAAUUCCUUUGGCUCCCGGAUACCAGGUGCAGUUUGCCACUAAGGUUAAGAACGAGGUUCCUGGCAUGCUUUCGGGCGCCGUUGGUCUUAUUUCUAGCGGGACAGUCGCGAGAGAUAUCGCGGAGGAGGAUAAGGCUGAUGCUGUGUUUGUUGCGCGCGAGUUCUUGAGGAAUCCGAGCUUUGUGUUGAGCACCGCGCACGAGCUGGGUGUCAACAUCAAGUGGCCCAACCAGUACGAGCGCGGCCGCUUGAAGACCAAGUACAGCUUUAUCUAAGUAAAAAAGGGGUUUAUAAAUACAUUUAAACUAUAAAUCAAA